GGAAUUUUUGACUUUGACAAUGACCUCACCUCUGGUGAGAGUGAAAAUGUUAAUAGCCCUCAUUAUAACAUAAUAUUAUGAUGACUACGACUCUGCAUAUCCUUGUCACAGCAUGACAAAUCAAAUCGUCGACAAUUCAGAACUGUCACUUUCAAAAAAUUAUACUUCACGUCAAAAUUCCAGCGAACAUACCGUAAUGAACAACCUCAUCAGAAUCCUCACCCAGCGUGCAAUCCACUCAACUCCCACACAUUCCAGCCACGAACCCAAAUGCCCCCCGUUCAGGGGGGGCAUCCCACCCCCGUCGCACGUGGGGGGCUACAAGAUCUACAAGACUUUGUUCUUCGUGGUGGGGCUGCCCCUGAUUGCCCUGGCAAUGGCGAAUUGCGCCCUCCGGAAACAACAAAGGGCAGAGUGCGAGGAAAGACCGCCCUUCGUCAAGUACGAGUAUCUGAGGAAGAGAGACAAGAGGUACCCGUGGGGGGAUGGGGUGAGAUCCUUUUUCCACAAUCCCAAAGUCAAUGCUCUGCCAGAUGGAUAUGAAGAUGAAUGAAGGCCCUAAGGAAUACUCGCCAUGAAGCAUCCAUCAGAAUAAUCAAUGUUUUUAAAUACCAAUAAACCUACUAUAUCAAGCAGUAUAGACACUUCAU